AUGACCCUAAUCACAACAAAACCAGAAGAUGAACUUCCUGUAGCUCCAAUGUCUCCCAAUGCCAAAGACGAGUUGACAGUAUCGACAGCUCCGUUGACAGCAGCAAUCAAUCAACAGAACAAUAACAACAAGAGCGAAUUUGACAAGGAAGUUCCAACAUCCGCCUCCACGCUGUCUUCUUCCGCCUCGCUGGAAAACAUGCAGAAGACUCUGAGCGGUGCUCCGCCACUGGAGGAAAGCGUUUCGGCAGAUCCUGCCAAUUCUUGUAGCAGCCCGUAUCAAGCCUUUCUAUUCUCCUCGGAAUGGCUGGGCAGCAAUGAGCUGUCGCGCUCAUCGAGUCAAGGUGCAGGAGAUGACGGUGAUUCCGUUGUAAGUGGGGGGUACUUUGACCCUAUCGAUCUAGAUUCCAGCAAUUGGUUAAAGGCUAUUCGUAUGGAUGGACCGACGUUUGGCAUUGCCAUGGUUGUCCUGGCCACGGCAUUUGUACAUCCAGUUUUGUUUGUGGCGGGGGCUGUGACAGUCUUUGGGACACUCCACGCCGUGGGAGCUGGCUACGAUUACUGCAAUGGAAACGGCAAGAACGCGGCUUCUGACUCGGCUGCUUCCUGGGAAAACUGCAUUUUAACAAUAUGUCACAAGGACCUCCCUGAUGAUCCUACAUUGGAGCUGGAAGCACCGGACGAGGCACUACUUCUAGAGGGUGCAGAAGACAACGCUGGCAAGAACUCUUUGCGCCUCGCAACGCCUCCUUUGGACGAAGACACCAAUUCCACGGCAUUGGAAGUAGCAGCAGCGAAAGAAGAAGCGACCACUCUAGCUGAGGCGCCGGCGCCGCCUGCUGCAAGUGAGACAACAGCACUGUCAGUUGCAACAGAGGAAGAGGAACCAAAACCACAGCCUACGAAGAAAGCAUCUCCCAGAAGCAAAGAGCCUCCCUCCACCAAGCCAUUGGAAGCAGCUUACCCUCAUUUGAAAAACUCGGUGGUCAAGGAUGUUCCUUUCCCCGGUCUUCAUGCCAUUGAAUUCUUCCGUGUUUUCUUUGCCGACGACGCACCUUACAACUUUAUGGAGUUGCAGAAACAGCGAGGCGACCUCGACAUUGUUUACGGACAGUGGAAGGAAGUGGGUCCCGAGGACCCCACUGCGCUGAAUGAUGGCAGAAAGGGAGACUCGAAAGUGGCCAACGAGCCCAGCAACAGCGGCGCCCUGGUGCUAAAGUCUUUGCUUGCCGAAUCCCAAGCACCCUUUCAAGGACGCGUCUUGACCUUCAAGGCCAAAACCAACAACUUUAUCGGGCCGUUAUAUGCCACCACACGCAAAACACAACGGGUCUUGCUCUUCCACAAGACUUGCAUUGUCAUGGAGUCGCGGACGGACCUGACAGACAUUCCCUUUAGUAAUACCUUCUACGUGCUGGAGCGAUGGAUCAUCCGUGCUGAAAAGGUCAAGGAUGCAUCGGGCAAGUCCAAGUACGUUUCCACGCUCACUGCAACUUCGGAAGUUGUCUUUACACAAUCUUGCCAGUUCGCCUCGCAAAUCAAAUCCAAAUCUGCCUCGACUAUCAAGGACCUUGUCACGUGCUGGUGUACCAUGGCCAAGGAGGCUCUCAAGUUGGCCGAGCAGCGCAAAACCUUGCGACUCAAGCACGAAGAAGAAUCCGAGCACGACUUUUGCGAAACGGACCAGGAGGAAGAGGGAAGCUGCAGAAGCAACAAUCGGCGAAGUAAGAAAACAAUCCCCGCUGAACAGCUCUCGAAAGAGAAUGUUCCUCCUCCGGAUGAUGGUGAGGGGAUCGAGAUGACUUGGCCCAAAGAAGAGAUUUUCAAGAGCCCCGCACCAUUAGCUCGUCACCAGUUGAAGCACUCGGAUUCAGUUCCACUUCCAGCCCCCAGAAAGCACAAACUGCAGGGAUUCCGUCGAAGCGUCUCCAAUCUCUGGAACAAGCGGUAA